CCUCCUCCUCCUCUGCCACUUUCUCUCUCUCUCUCUCUCCCUCUCCCUCCCUCCCAGGACGCGUCGGAUGAUCCGGGGCCGCCGGGGAAGGGCUCCGGGCAGCAGCGGGGAGGCUGCGGGUUCCUCCUCCCCGUUUCGGGGCUGUAUUAUUAAAAAAAAAAAAAAAAAAAAGCGAGCCGGUGGCCUCGGUGUUAUUUUGUAUUAAAAUGAGGAGGAGGAAGAAGAAGCAGCGGCGGCAGCGGCAGCGAGCGGUAGCGGAGAGGAGGCUCUGAGCAGGGGACGGCGGCGGCGGCGGCAGCAGCAGGAGGAGGAGUAGUGAUGAGUCAACUAAUAAUUUAAUGGGGACAGAAACAGGGAGAGAGAGAGAGAGAGAGAGAGAGAGAGAGAGAGAGGAGGGGGGGAGAGAUAGAGAGAGCAGAGCCAGGCAGCUCCGUCCGGGGACACACACACAUACACACGCACACACAGACAUAGAGCCGUGUAACAUCCAGCAACAACCACCAAACCGGCCUAAAUAGCAGCCCUCCUCAGCCAGCCAGGGGAAACGAGCAUUAAAAAAAAACAACAACAACAAAAAAAAGCAAAAAAGAGAGAGACCAAAAAAAAAAAAAAAACCCAAAGCCUACCAUUAUUAUUCUUUUCCAAUUUUUUUUUUUUGCUGGUUUGGUUUUUUGUUGUUGUUGGCUUUUUGCAGCCUUUCUAUUUUAUAUUUUUGCCCCCUUCUUGCGAGUAACUCUUCUUCGAGUUCCCAGUUUUUUUUAUUUUUUAUUAUUUUUUCCUUCGCAGAAAGAGAGCCAGGUUUUGAUUUUGAUUUUUUAAUUUUUUUUACAGAGGUUUUUGUGAUUUUUUUUUUUUUUAAUUACAAUUUCUCCCGGUUUUGGACUCGGAGGGGGAGUGAAACCUCGUCACUUUUUGUAGUGGUGGUGGUGUGCCUUGUUGUGUGUGUUUCCUUCCUCCCCUCUGUUCUUUUUCUCUCUCCCCUCCUCUCCUUGCUCCCUCUCCCCCCUCUCUCGCACAACAGCCCCCGGUAAAUGAGAGGAGACAGGUCCUCUCUGCCUUUUUUUUUUUUUUUUUUUCCUCCCCGGACCGCAAAGGCGAGAUUAAAAGUGGCAUUUUAGUGCCUUUUCCUGCAAUUUUCUCGACACUUUUUUUUUCUCUUUUUUUUUUUUUUUUUUUUUUUUUAUCUCCAGUAGCGAUCUCUGGGGCUGAGGUUUCCGCAGAAAGUUUGGGGGCUGUUACGGUGUGUAUUUUGGCGGAGGGGGAGGGGAGCGGGUUCCUUCUGUGUGUGCUGCUCCUCUGGGUGCCUAUUGGAGAAUAAUAGUGUAAGUGACAACCUAGAAGUAGACUUUCUGCUCUUCACACUGGAUAGAAAAGCUGCCUUUUUUUUUUUUCUGCUUUGAUUUUUUUUUAAUGACCCCCCCCCCCCCCCCUUUCUCACUUGCUCCUGUACGCAUUGGUUUUAUUUUUGAAAGGAUAGCUAGACUUAAGUCACCCUCCACCUCAAUUUAAACCUGGUACUUUAUUUUUUUAUUAUUAUUAUUCUUAAUUCCUCGUUUCGAGCGUUACACUUGUCUGAUCAGUUCGCUCUCCAGCUCCUUCUUCUGUUGCUAAACCUUGAAAACGGGCUCUCUCUAAAGAUAUUUACUAUAUUUUUUUUUCCCAUUGCCAUUUUUUUUUUUUUGCUCAUGGCUACUCCGUUUCUCGCUCUCUAUUUUUGCCCCUCCCCGCCUAGAGGAAAAUAGCAACAAGAAAACAAGGCAAAUAAGCGAAUAUUAGGGGAAGUAGCCCUCAGGUCUGCUGCGCCCCCCCUGCUCCCCCCCCCGCUCCCCCCCCCCCAAAAGGGGGGACCUAGAGAACAUCAGUCUUGAACUUCUUCCUCUUCAAGAGCUCGGGCUGCAAAGGAAACCUCCUUUGUUUUUGUUAUUUAUAUGCUGUCAAGUUUUGAAGUGGUGAUCUUUAGAGGCGGGACUGAGUAUGGAUCAUUUGAACGAGGCAACUCAGGGGAAAGAACAUUCAGAAAUGUCUAACAAUGUAAGCGAUCCGAAGGGUCCACCAGCCAAAAUUGCGCGCUUGGAACAGAAUGGGAGCCCAUUAGGAAGAGGAAGACUUGGAAGUACAGGAGCUAAAAUGCAAGGAGUGCCUUUAAAACACUCUGGACACCUGAUGAAAACUAAUAUUAGAAAAGGAAGUAUGCUUCCAGUUUUCUGUGUAGUGGAACAUUAUGAAAAUGCCAUUGAGUAUGAUUCUAAGGAGGAGCAUGCAGAAUUUGUGCUGGUGAGGAAGGACAUGCUUUUCAACCAACUGAUUGAAAUGGCAUUGCUAUCACUCGGAUAUUCUCACAGCUCUGCUGCCCAAGCAAAAGGGCUUAUCCAGGUUGGGAAGUGGAAUCCAGUUCCACUCUCCUAUGUGACAGAUGCCCCUGAUGCUACAGUAGCAGACAUGCUGCAAGAUGUGUAUCAUGUGGUCACACUGAAAAUCCAGUUACACAGUUGCCCUAAACUAGAAGACUUGCCUCCUGAACAAUGGUCUCACACAACAGUAAGAAAUGCUCUGAAGGACUUACUGAAGGAUAUGAACCAGAGUUCAUUGGCCAAGGAAUGUCCCCUUUCACAGAGUAUGAUUUCUUCCAUUGUGAACAGCACUUACUAUGCAAAUGUCUCAGCAGCAAAAUGUCAGGAAUUUGGAAGGUGGUAUAAACAUUUCAAGAAGGCAAAAGAUAUGAUGGUUGAGAUGGAUAGCCUUUCUGAACUAUCCCAGCAAGGUGCCAACCAUGUCAACUUCGGUCAGCAGCCGGUCCCAGGGAACACAGCCGAACAGCCUCCAUCCCCUGUUCAGCUUUCUCAUGGUAGUCAACCAUCAGUUCGGACCCCACUUCCAAACCUGCACCCUGGACUUGUAUCUACUCCCAUUAGCCCUCAGCUGGUAAAUCAGCAGCUGGUAAUGGCCCAGUUGCUGAACCAGCAGUAUGCAGUGAACAGACUUCUAGCCCAGCAGUCCUUAAACCAACAGUACUUGAACCACCCUCCUCCUGUCAGUAGAUCCAUGAACAAGCCGUUGGAGCAGCAGGUCUCAACAAACACAGAGGUGUCUUCCGAAAUCUACCAGUGGGUCCGUGAUGAACUGAAACGAGCAGGAAUCUCACAGGCAGUAUUUGCACGCGUGGCUUUUAACCGAACUCAGGGCUUGCUCUCAGAAAUCCUCCGAAAGGAAGAGGAUCCCAAGACUGCCUCGCAGUCCUUGCUGGUAAACCUUCGGGCUAUGCAGAACUUCUUGCAGCUGCCAGAAGCCGAACGAGAUCGAAUUUACCAGGACGAAAGGGAAAGGAGCUUGAACGCAGCCUCUGCCAUGGGCCCCGCACCUCUCAUAAGCACACCACCUAGCCGGCCUCCACAAGUCAAAACUGCUACUAUCGCUACAGAGAGGAAUGGAAAAACAGAAAAUAAUUCCAUGAACAUUAAUGCUUCCAUUUAUGAUGAGAUUCAGCAGGAAAUGAAGAGAGCUAAGGUGUCUCAGGCACUGUUUGCAAAGGUGGCAGCAACCAAAAGCCAGGGGUGGCUCUGUGAGCUGUUACGUUGGAAAGAAGAUCCCUCACCAGAGAACAGGACCCUCUGGGAGAAUCUCUCCAUGAUCCGAAGGUUCCUCAGUCUUCCUCAGCCUGAACGUGAUGCCAUUUACGAACAAGAAAGCAAUGCAGUUCAUCACCAUGGUGACAGGCCUUCCCACAUUAUCCAUGUGCCAGCAGACCAGAUUCAGCAGCAGCAGCAGCAACAGCAACAACAGCAGCAGCAGCAACAGCAACAGCAACCAGGUCCCAGACUACCCCCAAGGCAACCGACAGUAGCAUCACCAGCUGAAUCUGAGGAUGAAAAUCGUCAGAAACCCCGGCCGCGAACAAAGAUUUCUGUUGAAGCCCUAGGGAUCCUACAGAGUUUCAUUCAAGACGUGGGCCUGUAUCCAGAUGAAGAAGCAAUCCAGACUCUCUCCGCUCAACUUGACCUGCCCAAGUACACCAUCAUCAAGUUCUUUCAGAACCAGCGAUAUUAUCUCAAGCACCAUGGGAAGCUGAAGGACAAUUCUGGGUUGGAGGUGGAUGUUGCAGAAUACAAGGAGGAAGAGUUGCUCAAGGAUUUAGAAGACAGCAUCCAAGACAAAAAUGCAAACACGCUUUUUCCAGUUAAACUAGAAGAAGAGUUAUCGGUAGAAGGGAACACAGAGAUUAAUGCUGAAUUGAAAGACUGAUCUAAAAGUAUUAUUUUCUUUCAACAGUGCCACUGGUAUUUACUAAUGAAAUGAAAGUUCCAUCUUGCGUUCUGUCAAAAACCUUUAUUAUUCAUUGUUUGGCCAAUGAAUCUUCCAAAACUUGCACAAAAGUUGAAAAAAGGAUAAUGCAGACUGCACUAGAUGUUUUACUCUGUUUUACAAACUGCUUCGCAGCAACAGAUGAAGCGUUGAGGAUUGUUUGAUAUUAAUUUGUGUUCACUGGAUACACUGUGAGUGUACCCAAUAAGCAUGAUACCAGUGAUUUUGAUUCUGGAGCCUUCAGACAAGCAUUACAACUUUUGUGAUUUACUGUUUUUUGUUUUUGUUUUGUUCUUGUUUUUUUAAUUAUUACUGUAGCACUCCACACUUGAUCUUUGGAAACUCACAUUUAUUUAAAAAAAAAUAAAAUAAAAAGAGUUUGUUACUCUUGUUCUAUUGUAUGUUACAAAAGAACUAUAGACUGUGGAAUGCAGUUUAAAGAUAACAUAUGCCAACAAAUGCCUUGUAUUAUAUGGCACUGCCGUAAUUCAGAUUUGUUUUCUUUUGGAAAUAAAGGUCACUGUUUUUUUUUUUCCAUUCUCAUUGUUACAUGGUUUUAAAGAAAAUGAAAAAGAAAAUGUGAAACACAAUUUAGUCCUCAUUAUUUAUUUGUAGAUCCUGCAGCAUCAUGUUGUAAUUAAUUUUUUUGGAAGUUUCCGUUAAAUGUAAUAUUGCUUCUCUUGUUAUCAUACUGAUUUUUUUUUUCUAUUUAUAAAUGUAUUUUGAUGGGCAGUAAAACAAAGUGUCUUAAAAGUUUUAAAUAGAGAAAAUGUGCUUUACACAGUUGCCUAUAAAAAGUGCUCUAUGUUAUCCAAGCAAUUCAUACUAUAAGCUUCACUCUUAUUGUUGUAUGCAAUUUUUACUAUCAUGCAAAUAAGCUUAGGUAAAUAAAACUAAUAGAUCACCUUAGAAACUUAUGCAAUUAAUGUGAAAAUAAUUGAUGUUUGCAAUGUGUCUUCCUUUGGUUUACAAUCAAUUUUAAAGCUACAGCUGUAUAAAUUUUCUGUAUAAAGGUGUAUUUCUUUUUUAUGAGUUUAUUGCUAUGAAAACACCAGUUAUUUUGUUACAGCUGGCUGUUUUUAUAAGUGUAUCACAAUUUUCUUUAUGCAGAAAUGUUCUGACUAGGAGUGGUUAUUGACUGUAACUACACAAUUAAAAUUGUUUGUAUGGUAUGAUA